AUGGUAUCUGAAGCUGAUACAGAGGCUCAAUAUAACGGUUCUGAUCGUCUAAGGCCUGCGGCUUUCGAGGCGAGUGCAUCCGAUGCCCUCUCAAGGGUGAUGACUGAGACUUACUCAAUGGAAGUCCGUCAAGGGCAGGAAGAAGCUGAAAACCAAGCUGCAGCACAUAACAGUGAGAAGCAGGAGGUUGUAUUUUCGAGCAGGGACUCGAACUCUUCAAACUCUUCGUCACACCAAAAGGGCUCUUACUCGGACACACAGGGGAGUCAUACUGCCGGGUUCUUCCACAAGUGUGUACACUUACUAAAGAAUAUACUUAACCCCAAAUUAGAGUCACAUAAGUCUGUACUCGCUUUCCAAUUCUGCUUCACAAACGUCCUGCUAGCAACUGUAUGUCUAUCCAUCAUCUGUAUCUAUUGGGGUGCAGCCUAUAGGACGGAACAUUAUUUGUUCAAAGUUAACAUCCUGUCUGUGAUCCAAGACCAGGACUAUAACAACAUUCAAUCAAUGGCAAGCACACUCCCUGCUCUGAUAGAUCAAACACCAGGGACAUGGCAUCUAUAUAACAGAUCAAGUUUUGUGGAAAAAUAUGGCAUUGAGAACACUUCAGAGGCCGUUGAUAAAAAAAUAACCGAUCUAAUUUUCGAGGAAAAGUAUUGGAUGUCUUUAAAUGUUAAAACAGGUGCAACCGAAGCACUAUACAACUCCUUGACUGAUAACACAGCUCCAGCGUUCAAUUCAAGCGCCUAUUUUGAAUGCAUGUUUGAAAGUGGAAGGGACCCAACAAACUUGAAAUCCGCUAUAUUACCAAUUAUGCAACAAUUGCAAGCGGCAUAUGUCCAGUAUUAUACUUCAACUUACCUACCAUCGAUGUUGAGAAAUGUAAGUGCAACUAUAAACUCUAUCGGUGACGUUAAUCCAUUGAGUCUGGCCAACUCAGGUAACUUUGAGUUCAAUUACAUCGACUAUAGGCCCUUUUUUGACCGUGUUCUAUUGGCACCAUUACAAGUCGGGUUAAUCUUCACAUUAAUUUUGACUGUUGUACAACUGUCACUAUAUGGUCCAAUGCAUGCCAAGAUGGUAAGAGUUUUCAAGCCUAAGCACUUUUUGCUAUACAGAUAUGGUCUAUCGUGGUCAACAUAUUUUAUUUUAUCCCUAUUUUUUUGCACUGUAUCAGCAAUUUACCAAAUUGAUUUUACACUAGCGUUCGGAAGGGGUGGUUUUGUCAUUUAUUGGAUUACCACAUUCUAUGUCAUGUUGGCCAUCGGUGCUACUAAUGAGAACGUCAUUAGUUUGAUCGUAGCAUAUUGUCCACAGUACAUGCCAAUCUGGUUGAUCAGCUGGAUUAUAUUAAAUAUUUCGCCUUCAUUCUAUCCAAUGGUUCUUAAUAACCAAUUUUACCGCUACGGUUAUGCCAUGCCUUUGCACAACGCUGUUGACAUCUACCGUGUAAUCUUUUUGGAUUUGAGCCGUAACAAGUUGGGUAGAAACUAUGGUAUUUUGACAGCUUGGGUUGCAGUAACCCAUAUUAUAUUCCCAUUCGUCAUGAAGAUUGCUGGUACCAAGAUGAAAUCGAACGCAAUGAAGCAGGCGCAGGCUACAAUUGCUGCAUAUGAAGCCAAAAAAAAUCAAAGUUAG